ACAAAUCUCUUUUCAUUUUUUAUCUCAAUAUUUAAAUUUAAAACAUUUAACUUGAACUCUUUAGAUUUUAAAUCUUAAAAUAAAAAUUUCAUAUGAAGAUAUUUGAGUGACUUGCUGCCCUAAUCUUUAAGUACUUAAUCUUGCAUCACUUUCAGGUUUACCAUGGCAUCAAAGUUGCCUAAGUUAAGGACAACUGCUGUUCAAGCUUCACAGUGUUUAACCAAGAUUAAUGCUGCUCAAGCUUCUCAGUUUGUGGCCGAGACUGCUUCUCAAGCUUCGCAAUUCGUUACCAAGAGUGGAACUUCCUUCUAUAAGGAGUUGCUGGAACGAAACAAACAAUAUAUCCAAGAUCCAGCCAAUGCAGAGAAAUGUCGAUUACUAGCAAAACAGUUGUUUUACACUCGUCUUGCCAGUAUUCCUAGUCGUUAUGAGGCAUUUUGGAAGGAGCUUGAAUCCCUGAAGACCCUUCUGAAGAACAGGCAAGAGUUGAACGUAGAGAAAGCUGGCCUUGCUACCCUGUUUGGACUCGAGUGCUUUGCUUGGUUUUGCAUGGGUGAGAUUAUUGGCAGAGGGUUUACUAUUACAGGUUACCAUGUUUAAAACUACAACUGCUUCAGUAGCAUCAUUCAGCUAGUCAUUAAACCUGAGCAAACCAAUAUGACUUGCAUUGGAAAUUGCUUCUCUUAAAUUUUUUGAACUGUUUGAUCAACCAGGCGCAAAUCCUAGAACAAUAAUAAUAACCUGAAGUUUGUUGAUUGUUCCUUUAUUUCCAUUGCCUUGUCAUGGUGCUCAUGGAUGGAAUCAUGCUCAUAUUUAGCUCUCUUGAUUGUUCAUGGUACAUGCUUGACUAAGUUGACUUGUUUUAAAGAAUACAAUGGGGAAUGUUCUUUCUUAUGUUCUUCGAAGGUUCAUAUUAAUGAACAUGUUUUCAAAUG